GUGCACAGCCACUUUGUCUAUGCAGGAACUUUAAAGUUAGUUAGUUUGACAGGCAGUUGUUUAGUGUUGGAUUGGUGUUACAUUCAUUUGUUAGGAGUAUUUAUAAGCUGCAGGGUUUUAGUCGAGUUGCGGGCAUGGUCUCCACGAUCCAAAACACCAACGUGAAGCAGAAAGAGGCUGAUCGUGCGGUGGUCGUCGCGGUAACGUCUCGGGCGGUGUUUGACUGUGGAGCUGAUGAUGGAGAUGAGGUGUGCGAAGUGGGCGUGGCUUUCCCUCUGCUACAGGCGCUGCAGAGAGUGAACGAACGUCUGUUGGAGGAGAAUCCAUCUGAGUCGCUGCUGUUCGAUGUGGUCCUGAUCACCAGCGACAGUCAGCAACAGCAGCAGAGCUCCCGCAUCAUCAGCAACACCCGACAUCACGGUCUUGAAAUAAGCAGGUUCUGUUUUUCCAGCGAGGAGGAUUUCACGGAGAGUUUACUGCAAAACAACGUGCAUCUCUUCCUGACGACAGACAGAGACGAGGCUGCGCAGGCGUCACAAAAAGGUGUUUUCUCGGCGCUGCUAAAUGGGAAGGUAGCUUCGUCAGAGCAGCUCAGAGUUGUGUUCUGCGGGGACGCCGUCAUCCGGACCGACGCAGAACCACCAUCAGCGAGCCAAGACGCCACUCAGAGUUUCUGGGCUCUGAACUUGACAUCAGGCGGAGGCGGUACCUUGCAGAUACACUCUGUUUUCCCAGGCUACUUUCCCGCUCUGGUCCUGGAGCUUCAAGUUCAGGGACUCUGUGCUCGUGUUGAGGAAAACUUCAAAUGUCGGAUGGAACAGGUCUUCAGGAUCAACGUGAAUGCUGUAUUUGUGACCAAAGUCCAGCUGACAGUGGCUUGGGAUCCUUACGCGCUGAGCACCAUUUUGUUGUCUGGAAAUCUUCAGAAACAGGACAUUUCUAUCACUUGA